AUGGUGUCGCAACGUGAACCCGACGCAUCGCAGUCCCUCGCCCUCCGUGGAGCCCAGUCCGUAGUCGGCACGCGAUCUUCCUCUCGGCCCCACGUCUCGUCGCGCAGCAAGAGAUACAACCGCUCCCAUGCCGGCGGGACGUCCUAUAUCCCCCAGAACGAGUUCCCGUGGUUUAGCGCCUCUGGCGAUGUCGAGAUCGUCAUAAACGCCGGCGGCAGGGAGAAUCGCUACCUGCUGCACCGACACACCCUGACACGAUGUUCCGGCUUCUUCGAGGCGUCGACCAGCCAGCAAUGGUCCAAGGCGACUGUUCUGCCCGCGCUCCCGGAACCGCCUAGCAGGGAUCUGGCGAGGAUCGGGGAAGAUAGCGGCGUGAGCAUGGGCAGCAGAAAUUCGACCGAGAGUGGGAAUGAGCUGACGACACGGCCCGGCGCAGGAUCGCCAGGCCCACGUAAACGGUGGAGAUAUGAGCUGGACUCGGGAGCGGGAGGGGACGAUUUACCGAUGCUGGUGCAGAAAGAGGCCGACAGCAGCCGUAGCGGCGGCGGCGGUACUCUAACGAGUACAACGAAUACAGCGGCACCUACGGGAUCGAUAUUCGGAGGCGGCACGGGUGCAAACACUUCCUCCGUUCGGCACAAGCCCUCUCAUUCGGCUCCCCACACGACGUCGUCCUUCUUCCGAUCCGUCGCGAAUUUAUCACUUGCUGGUGGUCAUCAUCAUACCCCAAACCACCCACAGCCCGAAGAUGGCCCGCCGAUAUCCCAGGCCGACGCCGACCUUUUACGAGAUUACGACAACCUUUUUCGCAUCUUUUACAAUUACCCGCCUGUACUCGACGGAAUCAACAUAGCGGAUGCAUAUGUGCAGUGCAAAUCGCUGCUCACGUUGGCGGAUCAAUACGAUGCUUUGGCUGUGUGCGGACCACGAGUUGAUCACCACCUUCUGCAGUUUCAGUCACGUCUGUGGAAGCAAAUCGCAAAAUACCCUGUAUCAUACUUGAAGCUGGGCUUCCUGGCUAGGUCGAAAGUCAUCUUCCAAGAGGCACUCAUCCAUGUCGUGGGCCAGUGGCCAGGAGGAGAACGGAGCAUCAGGAAUGCGUUGCCCGAAAUCGUCCUCGACAUUAUUGAAGACAAGGUGGACGAGCUGGAGGAAACAAUAUCGCGGAUCGAGGGUCGUCUGUUCAGGCUCAACCUUACGAACUCUCGCGGCGAAAGGGUGACGCCGGGGUCCUCGUACCUCGAUUGGCUCGCCGUGUCCUUCUUUAGACAAUGGCUUGCCGAAAACACGUCUCCUGCUCCGCCGCCUCCGCCUCCAACCGAUCGCAGAGGAGGGUCUUCUUCUGCCAAUCGCCCACCGCCUGCUGCUCCAACGCUUCCGAGUCUAGCGACAGUAGGCCGAACCUACCGGCUACUUGGGUCACAAUCACCCUCAGUGUACCUAACCCACGAAGAAUGCAAACGCUUCUUGAAACUCACGCCGGAACUGUACAGUCGCGACAAUUUGAGACGCUUCGAAAAACGGGUCGACGAGAUGAAGACAGCCGCCAGAGAGCUGGUGCGUCCGCUCAUGGGCACCGGUCUCGAGCUAGAGCUGAGCAACCCCGGCAAAGACGGGACCACUUCCAGCCCUGUCGCGUACCUCACAUGUGUCCGAGUUGUCGAAAGGGACCUGCCUUGGGCUGUCGAGGAUUAG